AAGUAAUAUUGGAAAAUCAUGUGGCAGGAAGUGCACAGAUAAUAAUUAAUGAUGCCAGAAGAGUUCAAUCUAUGCAUGCAUGUAAGGAGUUUUUAAUUGAUCAAGCAGCAAAAAUUGAUUUUACCAAGUAAAUUUAGAAUUAGAGGUUAGCAGGUCUGAGUCUGUGGCCUUGGUGACAGUCGUUUAAUAGAAACAUCAGGUCUAAUGUUUGUUAUCGCUCUUUUGUUUACGUGUUCAUGGCAAGUAGAAGCCACCUCGACACCCUCCACCGUUACAGCCUGCCCUGAUGACCCUGUCAUCCUCACCUGCACUCUGCCUGGUUCCUUCAUACGAUGGAUGGUCACUACUCCACAAAACCAACAAGACAGCAUCACUUUGAGUAUUAUGAAUCCUGUUUUCGAUAUAAUUUGCAUUCCGUGGUGUUCUCACUGACUCCAGUGGAGGAAUGCUCACUGCCACUCUCACUUCACUGUCUGUGGCCUCCACUGUGGAGGGUACCAUGGUGGUGUGUUUUGGAGAGAGCUCACAAGAGGGUCCUCUCACUAUCACUGUGGCUGAACCACCCUCCCCUCCACUGAACACAAGGGUGUCCUCCACUCAAAGCCAACCCAGCUCCUCCAACAUCACUCUAGAAUGGGAUGUUCCCUCAUCUACUGGUGGUGUGUCUGUCAGUUAUGUCCUUAUCAUCUCCCCAACACCUCUCUCUGGGUCACCAGUCACCAUGGAGACCACCUCGGCACAGAUCACUGUCUCCUACAACAUUCCCUACAAUGUGACCAUCAGAGCUGUUAACUGUAUUGGAAUGAGCAAUGCCUCAAUGCUGCUCACUAUACCUUUCAUAGUUGCCUGUCCCUCCUCCCUCUCUGUCGCUAGUGGAGUGGCCAACGUCCAGAUACCCAGUUUACCGACUCUGAACUCCAUACUUACCUUCACUUGUUUUGAAGAUAAUCAGAUGGUAACCUCUACCUGUGGUAGUGAUGGACAGUGGAAUCCUGAUCCAGAGGAUUUCAUGUGCCCAACAAUGGAACCCCCGGUGACCUGUCUUGUUCCCGUGGCCCCCUCUAUGGGUAAUGUAUGCAUUAGUGGCCAGUCUUACAUAGAAGGGUCACAGAUCAUCUAUCAGUGCAAUGACGGACUCUUUCCCAUGGGUGUUUUAAACGCCACAUGCACCAGAGACACCAGAGACAGACAAAAUGGAGUGUGGGAGCCUGACCCCGGUGCUGUGGUGUGCAGGACUUUGCCAGUCAACUGCGCUGUACCUGCUGAGCCCUGCAACGGUGCUAUAGUAGACUAUGAGAGGUUGAACGAGACAGUGUUGGAGGGAACAGUGCUGACUUACCAGUGUGACAAUGGACUCUCAUUGACUGGACCCAACGUGGUCACUUGUACUAAUGCUGGAGCCUGGAGCACUGAGCCUGAGGCAAUCAUGUGUGUACUUGAAGGUUCUUUUACCACCCCCCUAUCAAUUGGUGUAGUUGCUGCUAUCAGCGUAAUUAUUCCUUUCUUUGUGGCUGCCAUUCUUGGAUUCCUGAGUGGACUCCUAGUAAUGCACUUUUGCUUACGAAAGAAGGCAAUGUACUCCACUGCAGCAGCUAAAGAGCAAGGACCCACUGCACCAGCUGGUCCUGUUUAUGAAGAGGUGUCACCCAAAGAGGAGAUUGAACUGAAUACUAACCAGGCAUAUGGACCAGUGGGACUGUGACCUGUGCAUUUUUUGUCAGUGUAUAAUUAUAGCUAAAGUCUAUUUGUGUUGAGUUUGACCUUCAUAAAGUUGUCAUAACUUUGUCAUACUUUACUGAAAUUCAAAGUUUCAUAUACCAUUGGAUUCCUUGUUAAAAAGCGCUUCUACCUAUAUGCUGUAGAGC